GGACAAAAGAGCAAGAAAGUGCUUUCAUUCGGCCGAGAGACUCCGUCCUACACUAUGGCGGCUGAAAUUUAGUUGGAAAGCAAUGGAACCAUUCCUAAGAUGCUGUAAUAGGUUUUUUGAAAUCAUAAUUUUUUGUUAAAGUGUCGAAAUAGCGCCCGUAGCUAUUUCCGGGUUCGCUUCUAACCCCGCGCGUGCGCUUCUUAAUUCUUUAUUAUUUAUUUUUCUUAGAAAGGGGGCAAGUCCAGGCAUUUCCCCAUCAGCGUCUUCCAUGGAGCAAGUUUGUUUUUUGUGUCAAAGGCUGAGCUUAAAUCCAUGAAAAGCGGCGCCGUUUUGGUCCCGUCACCAUCCAGUUGACAAUACUGGCGGCCGUAUAGCCGUCGGCGCGUGGUCGUGCGUUGUUGGGGGGAGGAAUUUCCACAAUGAAGCCCGUGUCGGAGCACCGGGUCUUUGUGCUGUGAGCCGAACUGACCGUGUUAUAAUUGCCAACAACCGCCAGAAAAUGGUGAAGGUUGAGAUUUCCAGCUACUUUUCCAGUUGAAGCCAACGAUGCGUGAGUAUAAAGUGGUGGUCCUGGGCAGCGGCGGGGUCGGCAAGUCCGCCCUCACGGUCCAGUUCGUUACCGGGACGUUCAUUGAGAAGUACGACCCCACCAUAGAGGACUUCUAUCGAAAGGAGAUCGAGGUGGACUCUUCGCCAUCGGUCCUGGAGAUCCUGGACACCGCCGGUACCGAGCAGUUCGCCUCCAUGCGGGAUCUGUACAUCAAAAACGGACAGGGCUUCAUUCUGGUCUACAGCCUGGUCAACCAGCAGAGCUUUCAGGACAUCAAGCCCAUGCGAGACCAGAUUAUAAGAGUCAAAAGGUACGAGAAGGUCCCAGUCAUCCUGGUGGGUAACAAGGUGGACCUGGAGAGUGAGCGGGAAGUAUCGUCCAGCGAGGGCCAAGCGCUAGCCGAAGAGUGGGGUUGCCCCUUCAUGGAAACGUCGGCCAAAAGCAAAACCAUGGUGGACGAACUGUUCGCCGAGAUCGUGCGACAGAUGGACUAUGCCGCCCAACCUGACAAGGAUGACCCCUGCUGCUCAUCCUGCAAUAUACAAUAGCCAUCGAGGUUACGGCAGAGAGACACGGACACGCACUUGGCAAGAUCUCACACACACGAGCACGUGGAAAUUUAAUGAAGGAUUUGAAUUCUUAAUUUCAAAAGACAUUUUUCAUGAUGUGAUAGGAAAAAAACUAAACCCUCGCCUUAUGUUGCUCUCCACCUUUUUAGUCGUCAUCAGCAAAGAAUUACACCGCGGGACCUUCAUUUUUCAAAGUUAGGAUUCUUAAAAUUUACUUUCAUGCUGAAUUUACUGUGACAGUGAAACCACACCCACAAUAUUGCGGAUGUCUUUGCUUCAAAUGUGAACAAAGAUUUGAAUUUGUGUACAUUUUGUGGAGUGCUUUUUUUGGGAGGUUUUUUUCUACUCAUCGCCGGGCUGAACCAAAGAGGUGACCUGAAAGCAUUUUAUCUAGCAUUUUCCAAUACUGUAAAGAAACAGUCAACAUAAAUGGCAGCGUCUUCCAUUUUUUUUUUUUUUUUUUUUUUAACUCAUUGGCCGUCAUUGACGGUUAAGAAGUCCAAUCUAUUUGCACAGCUAAAAUGGAUCGUAUGUCUUAUCACGUCAGUGACAGUGAAACGUGAUCAUUCGCGUAAAAUGAUUAUCAUUACCUUUGAACAUAGUCUUGGUAUUUUGUCAAUUCAGCAGUUGUUAAAAAAACUCAGACAUAUUUUUGUUAAAGUCGAGAUGCCAACAUACUCAUACCUUCUUGAAACGGCGGUGUAUAUAUUUUGUAUGGUAAGUGCCAGCUAAACACAUGUAAUUACCAAGAAAAUGCAUGGCUAGGAAAGAAGAAUAAAGCACUCGUAUUGUUUUGGAGAUGAAUAUAAGAACAAACAAAUGAAGGUUUAAAUCCCGGAUGCUAUAUUUUUUCUAAUUCACAAUUUUACCCCCUUGUGUAACCAUGAAAAGUUUCAUUUCUUAACUUCCUCUUCUUAUUAUGUUAAUAUUUCACACCCAAGUAAUAAAAGUGCGUCCAACGCUUGGAUUGACAGCUUUUAUGCGACAAGCUGUGUUUUAUUGUAGAAUCUUAAUGUAUGAAUGCUUCCAAAUGUCAUCCGGUGGAGUUGGAAUGCCACAAUACCUUUGAUGCUGCCUUUCUCUGUCACAGGUGUUUAUUCCCCAUUCCUCAUUCCAUCUGGCCUUGGCACACCACCCUUAUAAUUCCCCUGCUAGACUACCCCGGAGUCUUUUGAAUGCACUUAACUCCAAUGAAGUCAACACUCACCUUCUUCUAAACUUACUAAUAAUCAGAUAAGUACGUAAUUUUAGUUUUUUUUUUUUUUACUGAAAUAUUAUGCACUGCUAGUCUGUAAAAGCUAAGAAAUAUUAAGUAUAUUUUUUUGUUUUAAACAUUAAAGUUUCACAUCACCUUAGAUGUUGCGCAGAUUUAGAGCGCCUGCAGUAUGGGAAUAAGAUCAAAACUAAAUCAUUAAAGUUAUCAUUAACUUUGUAUAUGUUAAAUGUCAUCACUGCUUAUAUUCACCAUUAAUCCACUUUUAAUCAUUCAACAUGUUUAUAUGAAAGUUUAGUACAAAAUAUUUUUCUAACAUAAUAAAUAAGAACAGAUUUGUAGUUUGGCAGGGGGUUCUAAUUGAACACUUGCGUUAUGUCAUUCGCACAUAAUUUUCUUUCCAUUUAACUUUAGCUUCAAUAUCCUUAUUACUAGGUUACUUUUAUACAAAAUCCUAAUGAGGGAGACCUUGUGGGUGUUCACAACUAGGAGUGGGAACCUCUUGGUACAUCACGAUAAGAUACGAUUUGCUAUACAAAGCUCACGAUAACGAUGAUCUGACAAUAUGGCGAUACAACAAUUAUCGAUACAUUGAUCAGAUAAUCUAAUUCUAGGAUACUCUACAAACAACUAAUAAACAGAAAAACAAGCUUCUGUUGUGAGUUGGAAUGAGUUUAUCACUAAUAGACGUCCAAUGCAUUUGAACCGGGAGGGUUCACUUCAAACGGAUUGAACGUCGAUGGCCGUCAGUGGCAGCCAGUGCCACGCAAUAAGGUAACUUUGGGCCAUUUAAGAUAAUUUUCCCGUUGAUUUUCAGUUACUUCCUGUUGAUUUUGGGGUAUUUUAUGGGUUUAUUUCCUGUUUAUUUUGAGUUGCAGAACAGGAAGUGACAUGGAAAUCACCCAAAUGAAUAGGCAGUGACUCAAACUCAACAGGAAAUGACCUGUAAAUGCCCUAAAAUGAACAGCAAGUGACCUGUAAAUGCCCCGAAAAUCAGACUGAAUGACUGUGAAUGCUCUGGUUUUGAAUGAACAAAAGUUCCCAGUCUAAAUGGAUUGGGCGUCGAGCACCCCCAAUGGCAGCCUUAGAGUUAACUAAGACACUAAUAUGGUGGAAGAUUUUGGUAGCAACUUGUUGGUUCCUUUUUUUUUUUUUUUUUUUUUUUAAACAAACAAACAAACAUUGACACUUUUUUGAAACGCUCUCGAUUCUUGGCAGGAGCAUACCGAUAACCUUUUGGGAUACAAAGUAUCACGAUAUAUCACCAUUUCGAUAUUUUGUCACACCCCUAUUCACACCACAAACAAUUUCAGGCAUGAAAAUCUCUCACCUUUCGGCGAAAUUCGCCGUUUUGAAGUAAAAAAGGAUGACCUACGUGAAUCGUGUAGAUCCGAGCAGAAUUUUUUUAAGGGGGUGGGGGUGUAGGCAUGUGCCGGUUACCUUCACGGUUUACCAUGCUAUGAAAACGUCGCGGUUACAAAACCACUAAAAUUUUCCGUCAUACAGUAGUACGUAUUCGUUAUUUUUCAUGUGUCGAAAAUGCAGCCAUAAGUGGCUUGGCGCAGUGGCUGGCGCGGCAACGCUUACCCCUUUCCGUUUGAUGCUGCGUGUGUCAGUGACGCUAUUCCAGCAAACCCAAAAACAAACACUCCAAACACAAGGCGUAAAUUCUUCAAUUUAUUGAUCUCUCAAAUCGUGGUAACUGAAAUAUACCAAAUAAAUACAUUUAAAACGUUGUACAAUCGUAUUUUUCCCCGUGUGAGUAGCUUCAACAGUUAAACUUCAUGAAAAAGUUCGCCAAAAACAAAACACACAUUUUCCUUUCAAAUUCAAUACACAAAGUUACUAAAAACUUACAAAGACGAAUGAUAGACAAGGCUUAGCUAGGAGAGCAACUUCAUUGAAGUUAAUCACAGCCGCUGAGAGAGAAACAAGUUUGUAUGCGG